UAGAGACCCGGGCGUGGAAAGCGCUCAAGUUGCGCAGCCUGGGGAUCGCUGCUGAAGACGCUCUCCGCUAGGGGCUCGGCGCCCCCCAACCCCCGAUCGGCCUCGGCAAUGCUCCGGGGCACGAGGUGACAUCCCCUAGACUCCCUAGGCUCCCUAGGUUCGCGGAGCCAGGGAGAUUUCUUCAGAAGAAUCCACGCCGCGGCCUCCCAGAGAUCCUCGCCCCGCCCCGGGUCUCCGCCCCCUCCCCUUGGCUGGGGAUCCGGGACCCGGCGGCGACCGCCUAAGAAGCUCCAGCAGCCUGGACCAGGAGGCGGUAGGUGGCCCGGAGCCGGUGGCUACGGACUCGUCCCGCCAUGUGAUGCGGUCCUCCUGCCUGCGAUCGCUGCGCCAGCGCCCGCGCCCAGCUGCGCCGCGCAUCAUGCUCCUGCCGGGACACCCGCGCCCGCUGCCCGCGCCCCAAUCGGCGCAGAAUCCCGGCCUCCGCAGGCAGGUAGAGCCUCCGGGACAGCUUCUGCGCCUCUUCUACUGCACGGUCCUAGUGUGUUCCAAAGAGACCUCGGCACUCACCGAUUUCUCUGGUUACUUAACCAAACUCCUGCAAAACCACACCGCCUAUGCCUGUGAUGGGGACUAUUUGAAUCUACAGUGCCCUCGGCAUUCAACAAUAAGUGUCCAGUCGGCAUUUUAUGGGCAAGAUUACCAAAUGUGUAGUUCCCAGGAGCCCACCUCCCAGAGGGAAGACAACUUGACCUGUGUGGCAUCCACCACUUUGCAGAAGGUGCUGGACGAGUGCCAGAACCAGCGGGCCUGCCAUCUCCUGGUCAAUAGCCGAGUCUUUGGACCUGACCUUUGUCCAGGAAGCAGUAAAUACCUCCUGGUCUCCUUUAAAUGCCAACCUAAUGAGUUGAAAAACAAGACAGUGUGUGAAGACCAGGAGCUGAAGCUGCACUGCCACGAGUCCAAGUUUCUCAACAUCUACUCUGCCGCCUAUGGCCGGAGGACCCAGCAAAGAGACAUCUGUUCCUCCGGAGCGGAGCUGCUGCCCCCCUUUGACUGCCUGUCUUACACGGCUUUACAAGUCCUGUCCAGGAGGUGCUACGGGAAGCAGAGAUGUAAGGUCCCCGUCGAUAAUUACCACUUCGGAAGCCCCUGUCUUCCAGGAGUGAAAAAAUACCUCACUGUUGCCUACGCUUGUGUUCCCAAGAACAUACUCACGGCAGUUGAUCCGGCCGUUGCUAACCUAAGUCCUUCUCUGGAGAAAGACGAUGAAUACGGUAUGAAAUUCAACCCCAGCGGAUCAAGGGUUGUGCGGAAAGAUGGCGUUAUUGUCAGCAACUCUCUGGCCGCAUUUGCUUACAUUCGAGCCCACCCCGAGAGAGCCGCUCUGCUGUUCAUGUCUAGUGUCUGCAUCGGCCUGCUCCUCACACUGUGUGCCCUGGUCAUCAGAGUGUCCUGUACCAAGGACUUCCAGGAGCUGAGGCAGGGCAGGGAGCACCUGGUGCUAGGGAGCGACAAGACGGAGGAGGACAGCGAGGAGGACGUGGAGGAGGAGGACUCCUCGGAUUCUGAGUUUCCUGUGGAACUGUCCAGGUUUUGUAGGACUUCCUAUCCAGCCUAUAGCUCUAUAGAAGCCGCUGAGCUGGCAGAAAGGAUUGAGCGCAGGGAGCAAAUCAUUCAAGAAAUAUGGAUGAACAGUGGCCUGGAGUCCUCGCUCCCCAGGAACAUGGGCCAUUUCUACUGAAAACCAGAUGCUUCUGGAUGAGAUCAUACUUUCUGAAGAAGGAAGGAUCCAGAAUGCGCUGUCUCCCCACCCUCUCCAGUUCUGGUCCACUUUUACCUUCUGUGAAGGAGAAUCUGUCGUGUCAUCCGAGAUGGGUGAAGCCAGAAAGCUGUCAAAGGGACGGCUCACUGUUUACAGCAUACCCUGGAAUAAAUUGGGAGGAAGA